GAAAAGAAAGUAAAUCCUGAAUUGGAAAAUCAGAUUUCUCAUGAAGUUGAUGGUGAAAAACUGGAAACGUGUUCUAAAGUGCUGCAUAUGAUUAUUGAAGAUCAAAAUGAAAAUCAAAUGGAAGUUACUGAAAAUGUUGAAGCCAUUGGACACCAGGACAUUGUGCAAAGCGAGAAACCUCACUUGUCACAGGAACCUAAAAUGGUGGUAUCGCCAGAAGGAUCACAGCCGUCAAAAUUAACGUUAGUGUCUCCAUGUGAGGAAAGUACUUCUUUAUGUCCUAAAGAACAGCUGCCCACAGAAAGCUUACAAGUGGAACAGAAAGAAAAUUCUCAGUCCUCCACUGGGCCUAUGGAAUUUGAAUUGACUUCUGCAACUGAGGGUUGUGUAAAAGUUAGUUCGUGCCAAGGAGACACAUCUUUAAAGUUAGCAUCUGAAACAGAUUCAUCUUUUUCAUCAGUAGUAGACACAAACAAGGCAAAUAUGUCUUCCCCUCAAACUCUUUCUUCAGAUUUGCCUUCACAAGAUAUGCUUCAUAGUUACCCUUCAUCUCUCAGUUCUUCUGCUGGAAACAUUAUGUCAACAACUUACUUCUCAGUCACUCCAAAAAUCGGUAUGGGUAAACCAGCUAUUACCAAAAGAAAAUUUUCUCCUGGUAGACCUCGGUCUAAACAGGGAGCUUGGAGUACCCAUAAUACAGUGAGCCCACCUUCCUGGUCCCCAGAAAUUUCAGAAGGUCGAGAAAUUUUUAAACCCAGGCAGCUUCCUGGAAGUGCUAUUUGGAGCAUCAAAGUGGGACGUGGGUCAGGAUUUCCAGGAAAGCGGAGACCUCGCGGUGCAGGACUGUCAGGGCGAGGUGGAAGAGGCAGAGCUAAGUUAAAAAGCGGAAUUGGAGCAGUUGUAUUACCUGGGGUAUCUUCUACAGAUAUUUCUUCAAGUAAGGAUGAAGAAGAAAACUCUAUGCACAAUACAGUUGUCUUAUUUUCUAGUAGUGACAAGUUCACAUUGCAUCAGGAUAUGUGUGUGGUGUGUGGGAGCUUUGGCCAAGGAGUAGAGGGAAGAUUACUCGCCUGCUCCCAGUGUGGUCAGUGUUACCACCCGUACUGUGUCAGUAUUAAGAUCACCAAAGUUGUACUUAGCAAAGGUUGGCGGUGUCUUGAGUGCACUGUUUGUGAAGCCUGUGGGAAGGCUACAGAUCCAGGAAGACUCCUUCUUUGUGAUGAUUGUGACAUAAGUUAUCACACCUACUGCCUAGACCCUCCACUGCAGACAGUUCCCAAAGGAGGCUGGAAGUGCAAAUGGUGUGUUUGGUGCAGACACUGUGGAGCAACAUCUCCUGGUCUGAGGUGUGAAUGGCAAAAUAAUUACUCACAGUGUGCUCCUUGUGCAAGCCUAUCCUCAUGCCCGGUCUGCUGCCGAAACUAUCGAGAAGAAGAUCUUAUCCUGCAAUGUAGACAGUGUGAUAGAUGGAUGCAUGCAGUUUGUCAAAAUUUAAGUACUGAGGAGGAAGUGGAAAAUGUAGCAGACAUUGGUUUUGACUGUAGCAUGUGCAGACCCUACAUACCGACAUCAAAUGUGCCUUCCUCAGACUGCUGUGAUUCUUCACUUAUAGCACAAAUUGUCACAAAAGUAAAAGAGCUAGAUCCACCCAAAACCUACACCCAGGAUGGUGUGUGCUUGACCGAAUCAGGGAUGACCCAGUUACAGAGUCUCACAGUUACAGUUCCAAGAAGAAAACGAUCCAAACCAAAGUUAAAAUUGAAGAUUAUCAAUCAGAAUAGUGUGGCUGUCCUUCAGACCCCUCCAGACAUCCAGUCAGAGCAUUCAAGGGAUGGCGAGAUGGAUGAUAGUAGAGAAGGUGAACUUAUGGAUUGUGAUGGAAAAUCAGAAUCUAGUCCUGAGAGGGAAGCUGUGGAUGAUGAGACUAAGGGAGUAGAAGGAGCAGAAGGUAUCAAAAAAAGAAAAAGAAAACCAUACAGACCAGGUAUUGGUGGGUUUAUGGUUCGGCAAAGAAGUCGAACUGGACAAGGAAAAACCAAAAGAUCUGUGAUUAGAAAAGAUUCUUCAGGCUCUGUCUCUGAGCAGUUACCUAGCAGAGAUGAUGGCUGGAGUGAGCAGUUACCAGAUACUCUAGUUGAUGAAUCUGUUUCUGUGGCUGAAAAUACAGAAAAGAUAAAGAAGAGAUACCGAAAAAGGAAAAAUAAGCUUGAAGAAACCUUCCCUUCCUACUUACAAGAAGCUUUCUUUGGAAAAGAUCUUCUAGAUACAAGUAGACAGUACAAGCUGAGUUUAGAUAAUCUAUCAGAAGAUACAGCUCAACUUUCAUGUAAAACAAAUAUGAACCGAAAUUUCUUGGAUCCUUCCUUUGAUCCACUACUUAGUUCAUCCUCAACUUCAGGAAAACCUGCAGCCCAAGGUGCUACCGAUGAUCCACUAGCCGAUCUUUCAGAAGUGUUAAAUACAGAUGAUGACAUCCUUGGAAUUAUUUCAGAUGAUCUAGCAAAAUCAGUUGAUCAUUCAGAUAUUGGUCACGUCGCUGAUGAUCCUUCUUCUCUGCCUCAGCCAAGUGUCAGUCAGAGUUCACGACCAUUAAGUGAAGAACAACUAGAUGGAAUCCUCAGUCCAGAGCUAGACAAAAUGGUCACAGAUGGAGCAAUUCUUGGCAAGUUAUAUAAAAUUCCAGAGCUUGGAGGAAAGGAUGUUGAAGACUUAUUUACUGCUGUACUUAGUCCUGUAACCACUCAGCCAACCCCAUUGCCACAAGCUCCACCCCCAUCACAGCUGUUACCAGUACACAACCAGGAUGUUUUUUCACGGAUCCCGCUCAUGAAUGGCCUUAUUGGACCCAGUCCUCAUCUCCCACAUAAUUCAUUGCCUCCUGGAAUUGGACUGGGAACUUUUUCUGCUAUAGCACAACAUCCUUACACUGAUGCCAGGGACAAAAAUCCAGCAUUUAAUGCACUGUUGAAUGAUCCUAGUAGCUCUUGGACAGCAUCCUCAGCUCCUCCAAUGGAAGGAGAAAAUGAUACUAUGUCAAAUACCCAGAGAAGUACCCUGAAGUGGGAGAAAGAAGAGGCUUUGGGUGAAAUGGCAACAGUUGCACCAGUUCUGUACACAAAUAUGAAUUUUCCUAACUUAAAGGAAGAAUUCCCUGACUGGACUACCAGAGUGAAGCAGAUUGCUAAAUUGUGGAGAAAAGCAAGCUCACAGGAAAGAGCACCAUAUGUGCAAAAAGCCAGAGAUAAUAGAGCUGCUUUACGCAUUAAUAAAGUACAGAUGUCAAAUGAUUCCAUGAAAAGGCAGCAACAGCAGGAUAGCAUCGAUCCCAGCUCCCGUAUAGAUUCAGACCUUUUUAAAGAUCCAUUAAAGCAAAGAGAAUCAGAACAUGAACAGGAAUGGAAAUUUAGGCAGCAAAUGCGUCAGAAAAGUAAGCAGCAGGCUAAAAUUGAAGCCACUCAGAAACUUGAGCAGGUCAAGAAUGAGCAGCAGCAGCAGCAGCAGCAGCAGCAGCAGCAGCAACAGCAACAGCAGCAGCAGUUCAGUUCUCAGCAUCUUCUGACACAGUCUGGUUCAGAUACACCCAGCAGUGGGAUCCAGAGUCCCUUGACUCCUCAGCCCGGCAAUGGAAACAUGUCUCCGGCACAGUCAUUCCAUAAAGACCUGUUUACAAAACAGCUACCUGGCACCCCUACUUCUUCGUCUUCAGAUGAUGUGUUUGUCAAACCACAAGCUCCACCUCCCCCUGCGACCCCUUCCCGGAUUCCCAUUCAGGACACUCUUUCUCAGUCUCAGUCUGCUCUGUCCCCUUCACCGCAGAUGUUCUCCCCUGGAUCUUCUAACUCUCGACCACCUUCUCCAGUGGAUCCUUACGCCAAAAUGGUUGGUACCCCUAGACCACCUCCAGUGGGCCAUAAUUUUCCCAGAAGAAAUUCUCUUACAACAGUGGAAAGCUGUGUGCCAUUAUCAUCAGUAUCUAGGCCUAUUCAGAUAAAUGAACCAAUAGCCAGUAGGCCGUCACCAGUUAGAGAUUUGUGUUCUUCCACAACAAAUAGCGACCCCUAUGCAAAACCUCCGGACACACCUAGACCUGUGAUGACAGAUCAGUUUCCCAAACCCUUGGGCCUCCCCAGAUCUCCUGUAGUUUCAGAGCAAACUGCAAAAGGUUCAAUACCAUCUGGAAGUAGUGACCCCUUUACUAAACCAUCUCCGAGGACAGAUAUGUUUCAGAGACAGCGGGUCCCUGACCCAUAUGCGCGACCUUUGUUGACACCAGCACCUCUCGAAAGUGCUCCUGGACCCUUUAAGACUCCAAUGCAGCCCCCUCCGUCCUCCCAGGACCCUUAUAUAUCAGUGUCACAGGCACCAAGACGAAUGUCUGUUGACCCUUAUGAACGACCUGCUUUAACACCAAGACCUAUAGAUAGUUUUUCCCUUAACCAAUCUAGUGAUCCAUAUAGCCAGCCUCCCCUCACUCCACAUCCAGCAGUGAAUGACUCUUUUACUCAUCCUUCAAGGGCUUUUUCCCAGUCUGGAACCAUAUCAAGACCAAUAUCUCAGGACCCAUAUUCUCAGCCUCCAGGAACUCCACGACCUGUUGUAGAGUCUUAUGCCCAAUCCUCAGGAACAGCUCGGUCCAAUCCCGACCCUUAUUCUCAACCUCCUAGAACUCCCCGACCCACCAGUAUUGAUCCGUAUAGUCAACAGCCACCAACUCCAAGGCCAUCUACACAGACAGACUUGUUUGUUCCAUCUGCAACUACUCAGAGACAUUCUGAUCCAUAUGCACAUCCACCUGGAACACCUCGACCUGGAAUUCCUGCUGCUUACUCUCAGCCACCAGCAACACCGAGGCCAAGAAUUCCAGAGAGUUUUACGAGAUCCUCAAUGACACGACCAGCCCUCAUGCCAAACCAAGAUCUUUUCCUGCAUGCAGCACAAAAUCGAGGACCACCUUUAUCUGGCCCUUUGGUAAGGCCACCUGAUACGUGUUCCCAAACUCCUAGGCCACCCGGAUCUAGUCUGAUAGACACAUUUAGCCGUGUUUCCCCAUCUGCUGCCCAUGAUCCCUAUGACCAGUCUCCAGUGACUCCAAGAACUCAGCCAGACUCUUUUGGGACAAGUCAAGUGACUCAUGAUGUCACUGAUCAUCCAAGGCCUGGUUCAGAGGGGAGCUUUAAUGCAUCGUCAAACUCUCCCCUGAAUUCCCAAGUUCAACCAUUUUCUAGUGUCUCCCAAAUUCCUGGACCUGUACCAACUUCAGGUGUAACUGAUACUCCGAAUACCAUCAAUAUGACUCAAGCAGACACAGAGAAAUUGAGACAGCGACAAAAGUUACGUGAAAUCAUCCUUCAUCAGCAACAGCAGAAGAAAAUUGCUGGUCGACAGGAGAAGGGGUCACAGGAUUCACCGGUAGUGCCUCAUCCAGGGCCCCUUCAACACUGGCAACCAGAGAAUGUCAACCAGGCUUUUACCAGACCUCCACCUCCCUAUCCUGGGAACGUUAGGCCUCCUGUUGUCCCGCCUCUGGGGCCUAGAUACGCUGUUUUCCCAAAGGAUCAGCACGGCCCCUAUCCUGAUGUUGCUGGUAUGGGAAUGCGACCUCAUGGAUUUAGAUUUGGAUUUUCAGGAAGUAGUCAUGGUUCUCUCUCCAGUCCGGAGCGCUUCCUUGUGCCGCCUCAGCAAAUGCAAGGAUCUGGAGUACCUCCACAGCUCAGAAGAUCCAUAUCUAUUGAUAUGCCUAGGCCUUUAAAUAAUUCACAAGUGAAUAAUCCAGUUGGACUUGCUCAGCAUUAUCCACCACAAAAUUUGCCUGUUCAGCAGCAUAACAUCCUGGGCCAAGCAUUCAUUGAGUUGAGGCAUAGGACACCUGAUGGAAGACCACGUCUGCCCUUCGGUACUCCUGCUGGCCCCACUGUAGAGGCAUCCUCUCAUCCAAGACAUGCAUCUUUCAUCCCUCGGCCAGAUUUUCCAGGCCCUAGACCCACAGAUCCCAUGAGACGGCCUCCCCAAAGUCUACCUAAUCAACUACCUAUGCAUCCAAAUUUAGAGCAAGUGCCACCAUCACAGCAAGAGCAAAGUCGUCCUGUUCCCCCCUCUGUGGGCGUGAGGUCUCUUAGUCAGCCAUUAGGCAGUGAAUUUUCAGAGGCUUCCUUAUCAACAUCUACACCUUUGUCAACAUCUACUCCAGCUGAAACAACAGCUGAUAAUUUACAGAUAACCAACCAGUCUUCUGAUGGUAUUGAAGAGAAACUUGACUCUAUUGACCCAUCUGUUAAAGAACUAGAUGUCAAAGACCUUGAGGGAGUUGAAGUCAAAGACUUAGAUGAUGAAGACCUUGAAAAUUUAAAUCUGGUUACAGAGGAUGGAAAGGGAGAUGAAUUGGAUACUUUAGGUAAUUUGGAAACCAAUGACCCCAACUUGGAUGACCUCUUGAGAUCAGGAGAAUUUGAUCUCAUUGCAUAUACAGAUCCAGAACUUGACUUAGGAGAUAAAAAAGGCAUGUUUAAUGAAGAGCUAGACCUUAAUGUCCCAAUUGAUGAUAAUCAGUGCAUGUCCAUUGAAUCAAAAAAAAGGGAGGUAGAAGACAACACUUUGGUUCUUCCUGAUAAACAGUCUCCGCAGAAGAAGUCCACAGUCACCAGUGAGAUAAAAACAGAAGUACUGUCUCCAAAUUCUAAAGAGGAAACCAAGUAUGAAAUUGAGAAAAGUGAGGGUAAAGGUACUGUUGACAUGGCCUGCUCACAGGCUUCUACUAACAUAGAUCUUAGUGAUGGAGAAAAGGCUUCUUUGCAACCUUGUAAUCCCGAUUUGCCUGAGAAAGCUAAUCAGGAAGCUGCUGACUCCAACACAAGUGUUCAAAGACCUACCCAGCUACCUGCUGAAGAUGGGAUAAGUUCUUGUGGUGUGACUGCCUCAACUCCUGUUCUCUCAAGUUUACUUGCUAAUGAAAAGUCAGAUAAUUCAGACCUUAGGCCCCUGGGAUCUCCUCCACCAACUUUGCCAGCCUCACCAUCCAAUCAGGUGUCAAACUUACCUCCUGCGUUAGUGACUCCACCUGGUCAUGCCUUGGAUAAUGCUAUGAAUUCCAGUGUGGCAGUAGUCUCUAGGGUAAACCAUACUUUUUCUCAGGGUAUGCAGGUAAAUCCAGGACUUGUUCAGGGUCCAUCAACAAGUCACAGUUUUGGGACAGGAAAAUCUACAAAUCAAACAGUGCCUCUGACAAGUCAGUCUGGUACCAGUGGCAUGUCUGGACCUCAACAGCUAAUGGUUCAUCAGACAUUAGCCCAGCAGAAUAGAGAGAGGCCCCUCCUUCUGGAAGAGCAGCCUCUCCUUCUACAGGAUCUUUUGGAUCAAGAGAGGCAAGAACAGCAGCAGCAAAGAAAGAUGCAAGCCAUGAUACGCCAGCGAGCAGAACCCUUCUUCCCUAACAUUGAUUUUGAUGCAAUUACAGAUCCUAUAAUGAAAGCCAAAAUGGUAGCCCUCAAAGGCAUAAACAAAGUAAUGGCACAAAACAAUAUGGGCAUGCCACCAAUGGUUAUGAAUAGAUUCCCCUUUAUGGCUCAGUCAGUGACUGGAACCCAAAACAGUGAAGGCCAGAGUCUCAUACCACAAGCUAUGAAUCAGGAUGGCAGUAUAACACAUCAGAUUUCUAGGCCUAAUCCUCCAAAUUUUGGUCCAGGCUUUGUCAAUGAUUCACAACGUAAACAGUAUGAAGAAUGGCUUCAGGAGACCCAGCAGCUUCUUCAGAUGCAGCAGAAAUACCUUGAAGAACAAAUCGGUGCACACAGAAAAUCUAAGAAAGCUCUUUCAGCUAAGCAGCGUACCGCCAAGAAAGCUGGGCGUGAGUUCCCAGAGGAGGAUGCGGAACAGCUCAAGCAUGUUACCGAGCAGCAGAGCAUGGUUCAGAAACAGCUGGAACAGAUUCGUAAACAACAAAAAGAGCAUGCAGAGCUAAUUGAAGAUUAUCGAAUAAAGCAGCAGCAGCAACAGUGUGCAAUGGUCCCAUCUUCCAUGAUGCCUGGUGUCCAGCCCCAGCCAUCCCUUGUUCCAGGAGCCGCUCCACCGUCCAUGGGCCAGCCCAACUUCCCCAUGGUGCCGCAACAGCUACAGCACCCGCAGCAUGCAGCAGUCCUUCCUGGCCACACCAGUCCUGCCAGAAUGCCCAGUUUACCUGGAUGGCAGCCCACCAAUGCUCCUACUCACUUAUCCCUCAACCCUCCUAGGAUUCCACCCCCAGUUGCUCAGUUACCAAUAAAAGCUUGCACACCAACCCCAGGGACAGUGUCAAAUGCAAAUCCACAAAGUGGACCACCACCUCGGGUAGAAUUUGAUGACAAUAACCCCUUCAGUGAAGGUUUUCAAGAACGAGAACGUAAAGAACGUUUGCGAGAACAGCAGGAAAGACAACGAAUCCAACUCAUGCAAGAAGUAGAUCGACAAAGAACUUUGCAACAGAGAAUGGAACUGGAACAACAUGGCAUGAUAGGCUCAGAACUUGGUAGAUCAUCUGUGUCCCAGAUUCCAUUCUACAGUUCUGACUUAGCCUGUGAUUUUAUGCAACCUCCAAGAUCCCUUCAGCAGUCUCCACAACAUCAGCAACAAAUGGGGCAGGUUUUGCCACAGCAGAAUAUGCAACAAGGUUCUGUGACUUCUCCCCCUACCCAUACUUUCAUGCAAACAAAUGAACGAAGGCAGGUAGGGCCUCCCGCCUUUGUUCCUGAUUCACCAUCCAUUCCUGGUGGAAAUCCAAAUUUCCAUUCUGUGAAGCAGAUGCAUGGAAGUCUUUCUGGGACCAGCUUCCAACAGUCCCAGAUAAGACCUCCUUUCCCACCUGCAUUACCAGAACCUUCUCCAGGAGCUAGUAGUGGUCUUCCAAGUGUGCAUGACCCUGCUGUAACCCAUGGACAAAGUUACCCAGGAUCAAACCAGUCCCUUAUUCAGUUGUAUUCUGACAUAAUCCCAGAAGAAAAAGGGAAAAAGAAACGAACAAGGAAAAAGAAAAAGGAUGAUGAUGCAGAAUCCACCAAAGCACCAUCAACUCCCCAUUCAGAUGUAACUGCUCCGCUGACUCCAGGUAUCUCAGAAACUACCUCCACUCCUGUAGUGAACACACCAAGUGAGCUUCCUCAGCAAGUUGACCAGGAGGCAGUGGAACCUGCAGACCCACCCACCUCUAAUGCAGCAGCUGACCAGCCAUGUACAGAAUCUGAAAACAAACUGCCCAUUAAUGAGUCAUCACAGGGAGCUCUAAAUUCGCAGACUCAUGCAAAUCCAGAAAUGGAUAAGCUCCCCCCUGAAACCAGUAGUAAAACUGAAGAGGUAAAACUGGAACAGACUGAAACAGAGCAGUGCCCUGGCCAAGAUGAACCUCAAUUGGAAGAACAAACCAGCAAUAAGGAGGAAGAAAAAGCUAUAGCUCAUCCUGUCUCUGCAGCCCAGAGCCCACCUCAUCCCGUUGGAGGCCCUGCUGCCAAAGAUACAGGAAAUGAACUUCUGAAACAUUUGUUGAAAAACAAAAAGUCAGCAUCCCUUCUAAAUCAAAACCCUGAAGGCAAUUUUUGUUCAGAAGAUGACUGUGCAAAGGAUAACAAAACAGUUGAGAACCAGAACCCACCUGAAGGAUUGCAAACUUUAGGGGCUCAAAUGCAAGGUGGUUUUGGAUGUGGCAACAACCAGUUGCCAAAAUCAGAUGGAGGAAACGAAAUCAAGAAACAGCGAAGCAAACGGGCUCAAAGGACUGGAGAGAAAGCUGCACCUCGCUCAAAGAAAAGGAAAAAGGAUGAAGAAGAGAAGCAAGCUAUGUACUCAAACACCGAUACAUUCACCAACUUAAAACAGGUAAGGCAGCUCUCUCUGCUCCCUCUAAUGGAACCAAUCAUUGGAGUGAACUUUGCACACUUUCUUCCUUAUGGCAGUGGCCAAUUUAAUAGUGGGAAUCGACUUCUAGGAACUUUUGGCAGUGCUACCCUUGAAGGGGUUUCGGAUUACUAUUCUCAGUUGAUAUGCAAGCAGAAUAAUUUAAGUAAUCCUCCAACACCCCCUGCCUCUCUUCCUCCUACACCACCUCCUGUGACGUGUCAGAAGAUGGCAAAUGGGUUUGCAACAACUGAAGAGCUUGCUGGGAAAGCUGGCGUGUUAGUGAGCCAUGAAGUUACCAAAACUCUAGGACCUAAGCCCUUUCAGCUGCCAUUUAGACCGCAGGAUGACUUGUUAGCUAGAGCAAUUGCUCAAGGCCCAAAGACAGUUGAUGUCCCAGCUUCACUUCCAACACCACCUCAUAAUAAUCAGGAAGAAUUAAGGAUCCAGGACCACUGUGGUGAUCGGGACACACCUGACAGCUUUGUUCCCUCAUCCUCUCCUGAAAGUGUGGUCGGCAUGGCAGUGAGUCGAUACCCGGAUUUAUCAUUAGUCAAAGAGGAGCCUCCAGAACCUGUGCCCUCCCCAAUCAUUCCAAUUCUUCCUAGCAAUACUGGGAAAAAUUUGGAAUCUAGGAGAAAUGACAUCAAAAUGGAGCCAGGAGCUUUAUUUUUCACAUCACCUUUUGGUACAUCCCCAAAUGGACCUAGAUCAAGUCUUAUAUCUGUAGCAAUUACCCUGCAUCCUACAGCUGCUGAGAACAUUAGCAGUGUUGUAGCUGCGUUUUCCGAUCUUCUUCACGUCCGAAUUCCUAACAGUUAUGAGGUCAGUAAUGCUCCAGAUGUUCCCUCCAUGGGCUUAGUUAGUAGCCACAGAGUAAACCCAGGUUUGGAGUGUCGGCAGCACUUACUUCUUCGUGGACCUCCACCAGUAUCUACGAACCCUCCCAGGCUGGCAAACUCCUUCCAGCAUAAGCAGCCAAAUGUACCAUUUUCUCCUGCAAGCAAUGGUCUUGCUGGAUAUAAGGAUUCUAAUCAUGGUAUUGCAGAAGGCUCAGCACUCAGACCCCAGUGGUGUUGUCACUGUAAAGUGGUGAUUUUGGGUAGUGGUGUGCGGAAAUCUUUCAAAGAUCUAAUGUUUGUGAGCAAGGAUUCCCGAGAGAGCUCCAGCAGAAUGGAGAAGGAAAUUAUCUUUUGUAGUAAUAACUGCUUCAUUCUUUAUUCAUCAACAGCACAAGCAAAAAGCUCAGAAAGCAAGGAGCCCAUUCCUUCGUUGCCCCAGUCACCUAUAAAAGAAGCGUCUUCCAAAGCGUUCCAUCAGUACAGUAACAACAUCUCCACGUUAGAUGUGCACUGUCUGCCACAGCUUCAGGAACGAGCAUCUCCUCCUGGGUCACCUCCUAUCACCUUCCCUCCUGCUUUUGAAGCAGCCAAAGUAGAGGCAAAGCCUGAUGAACUGAAAGUAACAGUCAAGUUAAAGCCCCGACUAAGAACUGUACAUGGUGGGUUUGAUGAGUAUAGGCCUUUGAAUAAAAAGUGGAAAGGAAUGAAGUGGAAGAAAUGGAGCAUCCAUAUUGUCAUCCCCAAAGGCACAUUCAAACCACCUUGUGAUGAUGAAAUUGAUGAAUUUCUGAAGAAAUUGGGUACAUCCCUUAAACCUGAUCCGGUGCCCAAAGACUAUAGAAAGUGUUGCUUUUGUCAUGAAGAAGGUGAUGGGUUGACAGAUGGACCAGCAAGGCUGCUCAAUCUUGACUUAGAUCUGUGGGUCCACUUGAAUUGUGCUCUGUGGUCCACAGAGGUGUAUGAGACCCAGGCUGGUGCCUUAAUCAAUGUGGAACUAGCACUGAGGAGAGGCCUCCAAAUGAAAUGUGUCUUCUGUCAUAAAAUGGGAGCCACCAGUGGGUGUCACAGAUUUCGGUGCGCCAACAUUUACCACUUUACUUGCGCCAUUAAAGCACAAUGCAUGUUUUUUAAGGACAAAACAAUGCUUUGUCCCAUGCACAAACCAAAGGGGAUCCAUGAGCAGGAAUUGAGUUACUUUGCAGUCUUCAGGCGGGUCUAUGUUCAGCGUGAUGAAGUGCGGCAGAUCGCCAGCAUCGUGCAGCGAGGAGAGCGCGACCAUACCUUUCGUGUCGGAAGCCUCAUCUUCCACACGAUCGGCCAGCUGCUCCCACAGCAGAUGCAAGCAUUCCAUUCUUCUAAAGCACUCUAUCCUGUGGGUUAUGAGGCCAGUCGGUUGUACUGGAGCACGCGUUAUGCCAACCGGCGCUGUCGCUAUCUCUGUUCCAUUGAGGAGAAGGAUGGACACCCAGUGUUUGUGAUCAGGAUUGUGGAGCAAGGCCAUGAAGACUUGAUCUUAAGUGAUGCCUCACCCAAAGGUGUUUGGGAUAAAAUCUUGGAACCUGUGGCAUGUGUGAGAAAAAAGUCUGAAAUGCUCCAGCUUUUCCCAGCAUAUUUAAAAGGAGAGGAUCUGUUUGGGUUAACAGUCUCUGCAGUGGCACGCAUAGCUGAAUCACUACCUGGGGUUGAGGCAUGUGAAAACUAUACCUUUCGAUAUGGCCGAAAUCCUCUCAUGGAACUUCCUCUUGCUGUUAACCCCACAGGUUGUGCCCGUUCUGAACCUAAAAUGAGUACCCAUGUCAAGAGGCCACACACUUUGAACAGCACCAGCACCUCGAAGUCAUUUCAGAGCACAGUCACUGGAGAACUGAAUGCGCCUUACAGUAAGCAGUUUGUCCAUUCCAAGUCAUCUCAGUACCGUAAAAUGAAGACAGAGUGGAAAUCCAAUGUGUACCUAGCCCGGUCUCGGAUUCAGGGACUGGGCCUGUAUGCUGCUAGAGACAUUGAGAAGCACACCAUGGUCAUUGAGUAUAUUGGAACUAUUAUUCGAAAUGAAGUAGCAAAUAGAAAAGAGAAACUUUAUGAGUCUCAGAACCGCGGUGUGUACAUGUUCCGCAUGGAUAAUGACCAUGUUAUUGAUGCCACACUUACAGGAGGGCCUGCAAGAUAUAUCAACCAUUCAUGUGCACCCAAUUGUGUGGCUGAAGUGGUGACUUUUGAGAGAGGACAUAAAAUUAUCAUCAGCUCCAACCGGAGAAUACAGAAAGGAGAAGAGCUCUGUUACGACUACAAGUUUGACUUUGAAGAUGACCAGCACAAGAUCCCAUGUCACUGUGGAGCUGUGAACUGUCGGAAGUGGAUGAACUGA